AUGGCUUUGAGGACAUUAUUCAGAUUUUCCAUGUACUCUGUGCGGCUAUUUCAGAUUUGCGCAUUGGCUCUCACCAUGUUUGGCGUGUACUAUUCAUCAUGGCUGCGGAAGAGUCACGACUUGGCCACCAGCAUUCAGGGAGAUGGACUCGAGUAUCCUACCCUCAACGAGACUCUGUUCAUAUUUACGGCAAUUUUUCUCGCAGUCGAGAUAGGAGUCAACUCAAGUAUUCAUCGCGGCUCAGAUCCUCGGAUAUCGGUACUGAGUCUUGCGGUGUUUACCCUCGGCUUUUGUAUCUACAUUGCCGUCCCAGAAACUCAGCGACAAAUGAGCUUGAUCGGGAUGAAUCCAGACCGCCGUCUCUGCGAGACUUCACCAGAGCUUCGCAAAAGAGGCGCAGUGGGCCGUGCUACCAUAGGAGCUGGCAUCGUGACCUGGACAAUGAAUGUGGUCUAUGUUCUGUUUGCUGUGAUUGAUUACGCAGAAACCGUCAAAGGCAUUGAGACGGAACUGAGUCGUGACGGAAAAAGGUCGUUCUGGCAAUCCGAGAAGCCGACAGCAGAUCACAUUUCAGUGUAG